AUGGGCUGGCUGAGUAGAAUCCAUACUCUGCCUAUUGUCAACAAACAUGCUCUUUGGGAUAAUCUGCCAGUCACUGGGGCACACAAUUCACUUACAUGGUAUCAGAUUGACAUGGAAACUAAUAUGAAACUUGGAGGUGAGCUCAAAUCCAGAAUGAAGAUGCUGUUCCUUCUGUUGAUCACAGCUACUGUCCUGCCUUCUUCUGCCAUCAGCGUCAAUGGGACAAUCAACAACGAUGGAGUUUGUCUCUGCUCUGUGGUUUUGCCUGAUACAUCAUUCCCGGUGGAAAAGGUGGAAUAUUUGGAAAUAACAUCAGAGGAGCUCAGAAGCAGCGUGGAACAGGAAAUCAGCAAGGUACGAGAAUACUCAAGGGCUGUCUCUGUACACUCCACCAAGCUGCUGAAUCUGACACGCCGCCUGGAGAAGAUGGAAACUGGUCAUUCCUACACUCAGCUCGACUUUGAGCUGCUGAAGCUGGAGAUCCAGGAGCUGGAGACACUCACCAAUCAGCUGAGGAACUCCCUUAACAACAGUAACAGCAUUAUUGAUCAGCUCUACACUGAGAUUACAAAUAUGUCACGUACUGUCAGUCAGCUGGAAUCAUUUGACACACAAAAUGUGCUGGCAUUCCGCAAAGAAAUUGCACUGCUGAGGAAACAGCUCGCAGACUGUGAGAAGAAUCAAGCCCCACCAACUCAUGCUCCCAUUGAAUAUGGAAGCUGCGAUCAUAAUGGACUUCUCCAAAUAGGCGAACCUGCUAUAAUACAACGGAACUAUAAUGGAUUUAGUUAUAAAUAUGGAGGGUGGGGUAAAGAUUCAAUUCCACCCCCGAAUAAGGAGGAGCUGUAUUGGGUGGCACCACUCCACACAGACGCACGGACGCUGUACUCCUUCAGAGUGUAUUACUCAUAUGAUGAUUUGCUACUCUACAAACACUCAAUAACUAGAUCAUUUUCGAGUUCUACAUACAGAGCACAGGGAAGUGGGAUGGUUAUGUACAAUAAUUCCUUGUAUUACAACUGUUACAAUUCCAGAGACAUGUGCAGGUAUAACAUAGACACAGGCAGAGUACAGAGAGAAAGUCUCAGAGGUGCGGCUUUCAAUAACAGGUAUUCUUACGCGGGGGUCACAUACCAAGACAUGGACUUCGCUGUGGAUGAAACUGGCCUCUGGAUUAUUUACUGCCCUGAAGCAAAUGCUGGAAAUGCUGUUAUUGGUAAGAUUAAUGUGACUACCUUCACUGUGGAAAAGACAUGGCUCACCAAGCUGUUUAAACCUAGUGUGACCAAUGCUUUUAUGAUAUGUGGGGUUCUGUAUGCAAUUCGGCCUGUGAGCCCACAGUCUGAGGAAAUCUUCUACACAUUUGACACCAGAACUGGGCGGGAAGGUAUGGUUUCUAUAAGGAUGGGUAAGGUCUUGGAAAAACUGCAAAGUGUUAACUACAAUCCAGGUGAUCACAAACUCUACGUAUACAAUGAUGGUUAUCAGCUGACUUAUGAUGUGAUGUUUAGACAUGAGCCACCAGUGAGCAGCAGUGUUGCCAACUGAGUAAUUAGUAAUUAACAAAUCAAAUGACUAGGUUUGGAAAUUAGUGGUUGGGCAGGUGGAAUAUCGGUCCACUGAGAAAUUUCUGUGCUUGAAUCUCAGAUUAGAUUUAGACAAUACAUUAUCUACGAUAACAUUUUGUCUGUGAAUAAUUUUGGAUGUGACAGUUCAUUUCAUAUCUGGACAACCAUCCUAUUGGAUUACAUGCCACUGGUGGAAAACUCAUUCGUGACUGUUGUAUUCAUUCAUUUUCUGUCUCUCUUGAAUUGCUAUUGAAAACAUGUGCAAAUGGUUUGGAGAUUUAUCUGGAAUUCUUAGCAAAUUUAAUAAUAAAUAUCAACAUCUACAAAGA